AGGACGAGAUGCUAGUGGCCUUGUACGCUAGCUCGCUCCGCAGCGCUUCGCUUGCACUUCAGAGUGUCCCGGCGAACCACUGUCCCAAAAGACCACAGUGACACACGCAGCAGAGCGUGCGUUUGUGGCAUCAGCGACACGCAGCACAGCCCCGGCGAAUUGGGAAGGGAGCGAUGGCGCGCCCCCUGACGGCGAUGCUGGCCCUCACCCGCGCGGCGGCCUUCUUAGGGCCCUCGCCCCACAAAAAGCCCACCGUGGCAACCCCCAUGCUAGCAGAAAGGGAAGAAAAGUGGGAGCCGCCCGAGUUCGAGGAGAACCGGAUUAAGGCGAGGAAGCGCCAGGAGCGCUUCAGCCCGCUCGACAAGGCCGGCGCGGCGCGGCGCUUGAUGCUGGACGCGCAGCGGCAGAUGAAGGAGCGCCAGCGCCAGCGGCCGGCCUACCUCCCGCUCAAGCCCGAGGCGUCUCUGGAAAACGCGACGGCGGGCCAGUGGUUCAGCGGCGUCGUGCGCAACCUCAAGCCCCACGGCGCCUGGGUGUCGAUCGGCGCCGAGGUCGACGGGUUCGUGCACUGCCGGGACAUGUCCGACACGGACUUUGUAUCUGAUUCGCGCGAGGUUUUGCGAUUGGGCGACGAGAUUGAUGUGUGCGUCAAGGGCGCCGACGCGGCGAAGCGCGUGCUGUCUCUAUCAAUGUUGCAGGUCGAGCCCGUCGACGAAAGUAGGAGAGCCGUAUCAACUUACAGCGUCGACGAGCGUUUAGAAGAUGUGGCCGUGACGCGCGUGACGCCGCACGCGGCCUUCGUGGACGUCGGCGCCCGCGUGCCCGCCUAUUUGCACGUCGCGGACAUCGGGCUCCUGCCGCGGCGCAAGGUCGGCGCCGCGCGCGUGCCGCGGCUCAAGCUCGAGGCGCCGGGGCAGAGUAUUCAGGAGUGCUGGGUCAAGGCCGUCGACGUGGGACGCGACCGGCUGCGGCUGACGCUCGUGCCGCCGGGGCCCGAACGCGACGAUCCUACACUAUACGGGCGGAGAACCUCUCCGCUGGACGACGCCGAGGACGACGGGGCGGCGCCGGCGCGGUGGACGGACUGAUCAUGAGGAGGGGUGUUCAUAAGUUUCGAGCUGUAACAAAAUACAUUCUCACAACAUCCCCAUG